GGGAGGAAAUAACGGCUUUUAUAAUCUUUUAUAGGGCCGGGGAUUGUAGACAGCGAGCCAUAUUCAGCAGCAGACAGGUUGGAUAUAUUAAUGGGAAGUUAUUCUUAUUUGUGAAACUUCCUUGAAUAGCCUUAUUUUUAAAUGUUUAUUGAAUAACCACACUAUUAUAAUCUUUUGAAGUAAUGGAUAUUGCUUGAUUUAUAACUUUAAUUUCAUCUUAAUGGGUUUAAUAAGAUUCUCAGCCAAACAGCCCUCAGUGACUCAACUUUGAAUAUUUCCUAUUCCUAGCAGUAGGAAAGAUUAUUUUAUUAGGCGGGUGAAAUAUGAACCUAAAUGAUUCUUCAUCAGCCAAAAAUACCAUCUUCUGUCCUCCUUAAUUGGAGUGAAGAUAAUAAAUCAGCACAUAAAUGUUAGCCUACGAAAGUCAUAUCUAAUGCUGCAGAGUGACUCUCCCUUUACUGCAAGAUCCAGUAAAUUAAAGCAUAGGGACUUAGCAGCUGUCUUACUACCAACUGUGAGCUAUAUAGAGCCAGAGUCUCUUUCCUUGCACCCACUGAGGGCAAUCAGGACUAAUUUCAAAAUCAAUGGAGUUACGUCAGUGUAAAAUAGAGACGAUGCAGAGUCUGGCCCAGGUCUGCACUGCCCCAGGUGUAGCACCGACCACACUCCUCAAACCUUCUCCCGCGCACAGGUCACAUCUUGGGGGCCUUCUUGGGGGACAGCCCCUCUGGGUGCUCUACAGCCUGGGUCAAGGAGCUGGUGGCAACGUUGCUGGGACACUGGGUGAGGCCGAGGUCACAGGGGCCUGGAUCAGCCUCAGUUGAUCUCUCCCCAAGUAACCAGACCUGCUCCCUUGAUCUGGCUCCGGAGGGUCCUGCACCCAUCAAGUAUUAGUGCCAGGUUUAUUUCCUCCUCCACUGUGCCCCACUUCUAGGAGCACCCUCUCUCCCUGCUGUCAGCUCCCUGGUCCAUCAACCACUGGCCUUGCAGCAAACGCUGCCUCACCCCCCAUGCAAAAGGCACCUUGGUGCCCGCCUGCCUUUCUAUUAGAAAUGGAUUUUUUAUCAGAAAUUGUAUUUCUAUUAGACAAUUCUAUUAGAAUCUAACGGCCACCAGCCCCAUGGGUAAAGGUAAAACCACCUCUUGCCCUCAGCGGCCCCAUUUGCACGGCCAAGGGGCCACGAGCCUUUCCUCGCUGGCAGCGGACACAUCGGGCGCUUGCCCCGCGCCAGCCCAGCACGAGCUGCCCCGCCCCCGGACAUACUUCGUUCCACUCCCCGUUUCUUUCACUUGGUAUGGCCCGCGCUGGCGGCAGCUGAGCCUUCGGGCACCCCGAGUCCGGUUGGGAUGUUUAGUUUGUGACAGACGGGAGGCAGAACAACAGAAGCUAAGUUAGUGAUUUUUGCUUAGAGUGCAGUGCCCCAAAAUGCUGAGAGGAAUUCCUCAGGGUGCCAAAGACUUAUUUACACUUUUGCUGGCUAGAUCUCAGCACUGCAGCCCACGACUGACACGCUUGUUCCUGUGGAAUAAAGAAUGGCAUAGAUGCUUUUUACCACAUUUCAGUUAUACAGCUGAUAUAAGAUCAAAAGAAGAAAACAAGAAAACUGUGGAGAAUCUGAAUAGCUUAUCAGUUGAUACCAAGAAGAUUCGCAGGCUAAAAGAAUGGGUCCUUUUUCAGGAUAUAACGUAUGUUAAAGAAAUUGCUGGUAUUUUACAAGAAAUGGGCGCUGAUGAUGCUACCAUUGCCAAAGUUUUGGAACGGUGUCCUGAGGCAAUUCUCCGUAGGCCAGUAGAGGUAAAUUCACAAAGAGAUCUGUGGCAUUCAAUAUGGCAAAAUGAAAAGCAGCUGGUAAAAUUAAUAGAACAAUUUCCAGAAUCUUUUUUUACUGUUCAACACCAUGCGAACCAGAAAGCUAACGUUCAGUUCUUUCAAGAGUUGGGGCUCAAGAAAAAUAUAAUUGGCAGACUCUUGACAAGUGCACCCUCUAUUUUUCAUAGGCCUGUUGAGAAAAACAAGCAUAUGAUAGAGAUGUUACAAAGAAGUUUUCUACAUUUAGGCGGUUCUGAUGCCAACCUGAAGGUCUGGCUACUGAAAUUAUUAAGCCAAAAUCCAUUUGUUUUGUUAAAUAACUCCGCAGCUGUCCAAGAAAACCUGGAAUUUCUCCAGAAGAAAGAUUUCACGGACACUGAAGUUUUACAGCUGCUGUCUAAGCUUAAAGGGUUUAUAUUUCACCUUACCCCUAACACAAUGCAGAAGAGCAUUUCUUUCUCCAAAAAUGUUUUUAAAUGUAGUGAUCGAGAACUAAAACAGCUUGUGUUAAAAUGCCCUGCCAUUCUCUCUUAUUCUGUUCCAGUUUUAGAAGAAAGACUUGAGGGAUUGUUGAAGGAAGGAAUUUCUGUAAAUCAAAUUAGAGACAUACCAGCAGUGCUAGAGCUGACAACACAAAUUGUUCAAUACAGAAUUAAAAAACUUGCUGCUUUACAAUAUGAUAUCAGAAAUGGAAAUCUAGAACACUUGAAUGGUACCAAGAAAGAUUUUGAAGUUACUUACAGUAAGAUACAACUGAAGAGAGAGAGACCAAUGUUUAAUCCUGUUGCUCCUUUAAAUGUUGAAGAGUAAUUCAUGAGUGUCGUCUUUUCAGUUAUGCAAAAUAAAAUAAUCUGGAAAGAGAGAUCUUGAUCCUUCCUUAAAAACCAAAAAGCCAAAUAACUGUAUCCAACUUUAAUUCGGUGACAUGAAGACGUACAGGAGGUGGCUUUGAUUCACAGCUCAGUACUAGUUUUCAAACCACCGGGUAAAAACUGACCAUAUUGAAUAUUAGCUUACUACCCUAUACAUAUUAAAGACCAGCUUUUUAGUAUUUGUCCUAAGCAUAGCCCAUUUUUUAAAAUUUCCUGUACCUAACUGCAGAUCAGUUUUCCUGGGUUUUUUUCUAUUGGCCUUGCACUAUCCAGUCUAUGACAUGCCGAAAGCAAUUAUACAAACCACUAGACAAGUGAUUAUCAACUAGGCUGCCAUGGCACCCUGGGGUGCCUUGAGAUCCUAUCAAGAGUGUCACAGGGCUCUACGCAAUGUUAGCAGUGUUAGGCUUACAAACAUGAUUUACAAGAUAAACUCAGAAGUUUUGAAUAGAAAUCCAGAGUGGUGGUCUUUCUGGGAUCUUUCCAACAGAAAAAAAACUGCUGUUUUUUCAGUAGCAGAAAAAGUGUGUGAAAAAUAAGAGCUGGCACUUUCCAAGGGGUGCCUUGAACCUAAAAAGGUUGAGAACCAUUGCACUAGAGGAUGGUAGUGGCCUGCAUUUUCAAUACUAUUUGUCAGCCAACUAGUAAAUAAAAGGCUUUGAGAAAAGUCAAGUAACUACCACUGCAUUAAAGGAGCCACUAGACCCCGUGUGCAAACUGAAGUUGGUAGACUGCCAGAGUAACGGGUACAUAGCUAGAGGGGACACUAAGGGGAAGGGCAAAGACUAUACAGAUACUUUUACAAUGGGUACUCAUUUGACUUGAUUAGGUAUUUAAUACUGUGAUAAGAAACAGCAAGUGCUACUAGAGCAGUGAUCUGCAACUGUUUUAGAUUCAAGGCACCCCUUGGAAAGUGUCAGUUCUUAGCUUUCACUCAGUUACUACAGAAAAACAGUACAACAAAUCUUGUAUUGCAAAAUGCUCAGAAAGACCACAAGAGGUCAGAGUAUUUUUUGAUACUAUGGAUUCCUAUUUGAAAUCUCUGGUUUAUCUUGCGACUCAUGUGUAGGUAUUUGCACACUUAACAGUGCUAAAAUUGUGUGGCACCCCACAACACCCUUUAAAGAAUGUUACAGCGCUUCAUGGUGCUCAUAGCAUCCUUCUUGAGGAUCACUCGACUAGGGGGUCUCUCGAGAUUCUGGGACUUCCAGCUUGCUAGAGAUCUCUUUCUCUCUCCCUUUCUCCACGCCCCUUGGCUCCUUUCAAAUUCUCUCCUUUCCCUGGUUGAGUUGGAAGGAGAACAGUAUUACAAAGGGAAUCAGCUGAGACAAAGACGUCUGUCUUCCAAAGAACAAAAAAACAAAACAAAACGAAGCCCAAGAAGGAGAACCUGGCCUUGAAUUUUUCUUCAUCAGAGUUACUGCAGCAUGUGUCUUUGUAAACAAGUUAAAACUAAAACAAGAUCUGUUAGGCUAGGUACAGACAUUUACACUUUUAUUGGUAUAAGUGAUCAGAAACCGGUCUAUACAUGUAACAGAACAGAAGUUCAGCACAUAUAGACUGGUUUAAAAAUGGUGGA